GUGACGUCAGCGCGGCUGCUGUCAGUCAGACAAAGACAGUCAGGGCGAGUCUUUCUCACAACAUCACACCAAAUAUCAUCUUUAUCACCUGACAGAGCGCAUUAAAUGAUCGGCUGCGCUCAGAUAUUGUGCAUUUUCCUCAUUCCAGAAUGUCUCACUACACCGAUGAGCCUCGUUUCACCAUCGAGCAGAUCGAUCUUCUCCAGAGACUGCGGCGUACUGGUAUGACCAAAGCCGAGAUCCUGCAUGCCCUGGACACCCUGGAGCGCCUUGACCGUGAGCAUGGUGACAAAUUCGGCCGGCGUGGCCCGUCGGACUCUAGCGCCGCCAACAGUACCACCUCCAGUACUACACCCACCUCAAAUAACCCUAACAAAGCCAGCACGGCGACACAGACGCAGUUCCACGCUAACUUAUCGCCAUCUCCUAGCAACAGUUAUGCCACUUCCCCGCCCACGAUCUUACCCUCGCCGGUCUCUCUGGUCGCCAUGGUGCAGAAUGGGCGGGACACUUUGGCAGCGAUGCCCAAUGGGAAGCUGUCUCCGAACCGUUACCCGAUGAAUAGCGCAGCGGUCGUGAGAUCGUACGGACUGGAGGGAUCAGAAGAUGACCUGGAUGUAGACGACAAAGUGGAGGAGCUUAUGAGGCGGGACAGUACUCUGGUGAAGGAGGAAAUCAAGGCUUUCCUGGGCAACAGACGCAUCUCACAGGCCGUAGUGGCUCAGGUCACAGGUAUCAGUCAGAGCCGAAUCUCUCAUUGGCUUCUCCAGCAGGGUUCAGAUCUCAGUGAACAGAAGAAACGAGCUUUUUACCGCUGGUACCAGCUCGAGAAGGCCACGCCUGGUGCCACAUUAAACAUGCGGGCCACCCCUAUAUCUUUGGAUGAGUUGGAGUGGCGUCAAACCCCACCCCCUAUAUGCUCCACCCCCGGCAGCUUCCGUCUACGCAGAGGCAGUCGAUUCACCUGGAGGAAGGAAUGUCUCGCUGUGAUGGAGAGUUAUUUUAGUGAUAAUCAAUAUCCAGAUGAAGCCAAACGAGAGGAGAUCGCCAACGCCUGCAAUGCCGUCAUUCAAAAACCAGGAAAGAAGUUGUCUGACUUGGAGAGAGUCACGUCCUUAAAAGUGUACAACUGGUUUGCCAACCGACGCAAAGAGAUCAAGAGGCGAGCCAAUAUUGGGUCUUUUUUCCAAGAAGCCACAAUUUUGGAGAAUCACGGAAUAGAUGUGCAGAGUCCUGGAGGACACUCCAACAGUGACGACGUCGACGCUAAUGAUUACAACGAGCAGGGUUGUGAUGUUUCCUAUUUUGAAAAGAGAGGUGUGAACAGACCCUUUGGUUACUACCGACUAGAACCCACCUCACCGACACAGUUUCCCUUCAAGGAUGACGGUGCCAAUCACGCAGACCACCAAGACCCCAUCUCUCUCGCUGUGGAGAUGGCAGCUGUCAAUCACAGCAUCCUCGCCCUGUCCCGCCCAGGAGGUGUGGCCAGUGAGAUCAAAACAGAGGCACUGGACGAUGACUGAGGGAGAUGAAGAGGAUAGGGGUGUGUGAGUGUGUUUGCAGUGGUGUGUAUUGGGCCAGAGGUGUACAGUCUCGAUGACCAAAACAACGCUCUGUCUCAAGCUUUUUGAAUGGAAUAUCACCCGCAAACUACACUCCUGCUGAACCACUAAACGUAAAAGCCAGAGUCACAUUACACAUGCUCUUUACAAGAACGUCUUUAAGUCUCUCCGAAAACCUUGCAGAACUCAGAAGCUGACCUGAACCUCGUACCUCAUUCCAGUUCAGUAACUUGUAUAAUGUUUUAUGUGCUUCCUGUCUGUGUGCUUCAGUAAACAUAUUCAUUGUUCUCAGGCUGUAGCCGUAUUUUAGGAAACAGGUGAGGCUAAUAUCGAGAUUUUCAUAUGUUAAAGUUGUAGUUUGUUGCUCUGGAAUCCAUAAUGGAGCGACACAUCUCAGAACUUUCAUUUUCACAACAAAUGUUCUCGGUGCCUGGUUUGAAGUUUCCAUUUUCUCUUAGAAGUCUUUUUAUCAAACUGCAGUUGGUGGCUAAAUCAAAGGAACCUGUCAAGAACAUGACUGAGUCACAUUACCCCACUAAAUCAAAAGAAACGUGAAAUUAUAUUUUGCACAAAGAAUUUCUAGAUUUUUUUGGAUCACAGCAUUACUUUUUUGACAAUUAAGCACAUUUUCCCUGACCAACCUCUUACUGUAAUGUUCAAAACUUUCAUUAUGGGGGGGGUGCUUAAGGCUGUGUUCACAGAAGCAAAAAAAAAUCCAACUUUUUUGGCCUAUACGACUCGAGAUGCAGUAAGGUGUGGUAACACAAUGGCUGUGAGCCAGCACAACGCGAUAAGGUAUUUGUGACGAAGAGGAGGGCGGAAUCGGGCUAAUCAGCCGGGAGGGGGAUAAAGACGAGCCGGAGGCGCCAGUUCGAGAGAGAGAGAGACGCACACUGCCACGCUGCAUGUGUGUCUGUUUGUUUGUUUUAUGUUGUUUUAAGUUCAUUUAACCUUUAUGUUGACUGUUCAGCUGGUUCCCGCCUCCUCCUCGCUCAUCCUUAUACUGUUACAGUAUUGAAUAUCUCACACGAAUACGGGACGCUUGAGCAUUUUGAGUAUUUCAACACAGGACAGGGGUCCCCUUUAAGAUUCUCACUGUUUGACACUUUUAUGCUUCAAUACUAGACACAAAGCCUUCAAUAAGGGACAUUUUGCUGCCCGCUAAAAUACAGGACAAUAGACGUCCCCUAUGAGACGUCAUAAUUAUGGCCAAGAAAUGGGACGUCCUAGCUAAAACUAAACGGGUGUAAACUCUAACAUCAACAAACUUUGCAUAUGGCACCUCUCCUGUUUUUAAGCCGUUGUCCGUGAUGAACGUGUUCAUAUUUGGAUAAUGCCCUCAUGAAAAACAUAAAACAUAAAUUGCUAAACACUGACAAAUGAACAUACGCAAGUUUGCAUCAUUACUAAAUCAAUGAAUGUGUACAUGCUAGCGAACACAACUGCAGUCUGCACAGAAAAAAAAUCUGAUCUGUCCUCAUAUAACUUGGAGUUAGAACAGUCAGUCUUAAAAAGAUCAGAUUCAAGAGAAAAUCAGAUUUUUCCUGCUGUGAACAAAGCCUAAUUGUCAUGAAAAUAAUGUCACAAAGCACAUAAUCUACAUACAAAAUAGAUAAUGCAAUAUACUGUGUAUAUAUACACACCAAUCAGCCACAACCUGCCUAAUAUUGUGUUAUUCUAUUUCUGUAACUGCUGAUCUCCUGGGAUUUUCACACACAACAGUCUCUAGAAUUUACUCCGAAUGGUGCCAAAAAUAAAAAUCAUCCAGUGAGUGGCAGUUCUGUGGACGGAAACACCUUGUUGAUGAGAGAGGUCAACAGAGAAUGGCCAGACUGGUUCGAACUGACAAAGUCUACGGUAACUCAGAUAACCACUCUGUACAAUUGUGGUGAGAAGAACAUCAUCUCUGAAUGCUAUUCUGAGAUGCGGGUUGGUGCUGUUUUGGUGGCAUGAGGGGGACCUACACAAUAUUAUUCAGGUGCUUUUAACAUUGUGGCUGAUCGGUGUGUAUAUAUAUAUAUAUAUAUAUAGGGUUGCCAAUCGAUUAAAAUCACAUAUCAAUAUAUGCAGAGAAAACACCCAAAUAUAUAAUAAAUAUAAUAAUUAGAAUAUACAUUACAUUAUUGUGGCAGACAAGUAAAGCUUUGAUAAAACAAUACAAAAAGUUGCUUUAGAAGGCAAUAUAUUGCUUAUUUCCAUAUUAUUGAACAUAAGCCUAUCAUUGGUCUACAGUCCACAGCAAUCCAUUUUCCAACUGUAUUCGUCAAUCUGUCUUUGACGAUGUGUUUUUCUAAAGACGUGUCUAUGUGCAUGUGUCAAGAUGGAUGCUUUUGGAGUCGCUGUAUUUGAACGCAACAGCGCAUCCUCAUCUUGAGCUGCCUGCUGUGGUUGGUUGCCUGUACAGCUGGAGUUGCGCUUACUGCCCCCUGCUGACUCAGACGAAUAAAAACAUGAAGUGGUAUCAACUAGUAAAUAGCUUGAAUUGCUCCAAUGGUAGGAAAAUUCCUUUAUGUGGUCAGAGGGCAUGAUUAAUUGCAUUACAUUUUUAAGAAUUUGAAAUGAGAGUCCUAGUAAAUAUAUUAAUAUUUAAAUAUAAUAUUUUUUAAAAUUUUGGGGUGCAAUGUGUCUCGGACGUGUUUAAAUGAGAUUCACUCAAUUAAAGCAUACUCUGAUUUGAAAUGGGAUUCAUGAACAAAGGGGGAAACUGAAUUAUAAUGUUUUACGUAAAGCUUGAAAGACGUGGUUUUAUAACAGCCAAAGUGUGUAAAGUUAUCCCAUGCAAAAGCUAAAGUCUCCUGGACUCUAAAUUAACCCGCAGUGAUAGACUUCCAAUUCGUAAAUAGCUAGUUUCCUUUUUAUUUAAAAAAAAUCUUAAAUGACCAGAGUUACCCAAAGUUAAAUUAUGUAAAUGUUAUUCUUAUGUUUCUAUUUAUUUAACUUUUGCAUUUUUUUAUUCAGACAUUUGCAUGCAACAUCUCAGUCAAGACCUAAGGACCUGUUCUCGUACAGUUGUUUUAAGCUGUGACAUCAGCGCGAAAUAUCAUUCCUCAGAGAUUUUAGCUCCAGAUGGCAGCGGUCAGAAUUAACACAGAGUAAACGUGCAAGCUCACUGUUGUUUUUUUCCAACCAGGGCAUCAGAACUCUGUGUCCAUAUGAUGCUUUUUUAAUUAUUAUUGUGAAAAAGUUACAAUUGCACAGUGUUAAUUGUUAAAGAGAGACUGACAAAGAUUUCCUUUCUGCUGCUACAUUGCUUCGAGAGCAUCUUAACUCUCAUCUGACAUAAGCUUGUUUCCAAAAUGUAGCUCAUUUUAUUGUAAAAAGGUUCUUGGAAACCUUUAUUCACUCAAUGAUUUUAUGUGUCCUUCCUCUAUUUUCCUGUGUACAAAUGUUCAAUUGAUAUUUAUGUAAUGACAUUUGUCUUUUUUUUUUAUUCAAUCGUUUUGCUGUUUUUGUUCAGAGCAGUCUCCUGAAGUGUGUCUGAUUUAUAUACAUUUGUGAAAACAAAGCACCCCCUUCACUCUAUUUUAUUGGAGCCUCUUAAAGGGAUAGUUCACCCCCAAAUUAACUGAACCGGGUUUUAAUUGUCUUACAAGUGUAUUUUAGUUUGUACAAAGUAAAGUGGAAAACAAGCAUGCAAUAAAUAAGGAAGGAACUAAAGGAAAUUAUUUGUAUUUUGUAGCCUCUCUACUAGAAAGAAUGUGCCAAACGACAGUAUCUCUUCAAGUAUUAAUCUCAAAGAGACAUAUUAUACUUAGAAUGACUCGUUACCUUGUCUUAAGUGUUUAUAUCCAGACCAACGGACGUUUUUAUUCUGUGAACCCAUAUCUUAAAGGGGGUGCAUUUUCUUAUGUCUAUACACAAAAAUCUCUUGGCUUAUAAAAGCAACUGUAUAAA